AUGAGAUCAGGAAAAUUGGUAGGACACCUCAAAAGCGUACAUCCAGAACAAGCAGAGAAACCAUUUGAGUACUUUAAACGCAUGAAAGAAGAGAGGUUGAAGACCAAACAGAAGUCACUUACUGAAUUGUUAAAGUCACAGACCAGCAAGAAUGAACAAGAACUCCAAGCUAAUUAUGAAUUCAGCUUUCUUAUCGCUAAGACAUCUCGACCGCACACUGAUGGUGAAGAGUUGCUGAAGCCAGCCAUUGAGAUAUAUCUCAGGGCAAUGCAAAACAACAAAAGAGCCAACUGGGAACUUGCCACCUUACCUCUCAGCAAUGACACUGUUCGCCGUCGCAUUGAUGAAAUUGCAGAUGAUGUUAAGACACAAUUGACCAAAUUUUCUCUAGCCCUCGAUGAAACAACAGUCCGUGACAGUGAAGCCCUUCUUCAUGCCUAUGCAAGGUUCCAACACAACUCAAAAUUCAUGGAAGAGAUGCUAUUUUGCGAGUCUUUGAAAACCACCACCACUGCGCAAGAUAUCUAUAACGUGGUAAGGAAGUACCUGGCAGACAACAAUAUUCUAAUAAGUAACAUUGUGUCCACUGCUGCGGAUUGUGCACCAACAAUGAUGGGACGACAUAAGGGAGUACUGAAACUUCUGAAAGAUGAUAAAUCCUGA